UCUUCCAGAAUGUUGUGUUUGUGUUGCAUAAGCCUGCAGAAAUGUUCUCAAGUUAUGGUCUAAGUAUGUGUUGCAUUCAAUUUUCAAAUUACAGGGCUCCAGAACUCUAAUUUGACCGAUUGAUUGAUUUUAGGCCUAAUAGUGAAAAACUAAGUCCGUUUAAAAUUAACUGAAGCUUGAGAAAAAAAUCAGGAACUAAUUUCUGUAACAAAUGGUGCUAUAAAUACUACUAUCACAGUUAAAGAGCAGAUUUACGCAACCAGUCUGCCCGGUCUACUGGUUUUAUCCUGACAACCAAACAGGAUCAUGGAUAAUGAGCAGCAGCAGGAAAUGAUCUAUUUUAUUCCUGAUUUAUUCAAGCCUGAUAAGAAUGCAUCCAAGGAGAUGGUUGAUGCUAAUGACCCGUUCAUCAGUGAAGAAGCCAUGAAUGUCUACUGCCGCUCCCUCCUGCAUCCCAACCUCCCUCCUGGCCAGGCUGGUCCCCAUGUGGGCCUAGAUACACCUCAGUCCCUGGGGCCAAAAUUCUUUGCCAAGUCAAUAAAGAUUCACCAGGAACGACUGUUGAAAGAUCUUGAAGACGAAGCUGCUGAACUGCAAGCCCAAGAAGAGAGGUUGAAAAAAGAGGCUUUGGUGAAAAAGAAACUGGAUGAAAAUGUCUCCAAGGUAGUUAGGAAACAGACAGUUUACGUGAAGCGCUCUUGCCCGGUGAAAAUUCCCUACAAGUCACGGCUGACGCACGACGAGCACGCGCUCUACCUCAUGGCCUUCCUCAAGUACCAGGCACGGCCGCCCCGCUCCUUCCUGGAGCAGCAGGAGUACCAAGCUUAUUUGAGUCUCCAAAGCCGCGUGUUUGAAGAGCAACAGGCCAUGAUGGAUUUUGCCAAAAAGGUCGCAAUUCUGCAACUGAGCGACUACAACGAAGUGCCUCCCGUGAUGGAGGAGUAUAUUAAGAGAUACCUGAAGGUGGGGUACGCGCGGGUACUUGACUAUCCUCGCAUUUAUCACGUGGACCAGGAGAUCCCGCUCAGACCUCAAGAUCCUCAACAGGUUUUCUCCAGCCUCAGCUUCCAGCACCUUGGCCAUCUGCUCAGCCUGGGCGUGGUGCCUUGGAUCAAGCUCCCCUACCCUCACAUUCCCGUUACGUUGCCCUCGGACGAAGCUUUUCUUGAUAAACAUCCUCCUGACGCCGUCAACAUGGGCAAAGCCCGCAGCCACGGCCGCUACCUCUGCAAGACCACAGUUAGCAAGGACCCGAACUGCGAGUUCUUGGCGCGACAGCACCGCGCACACGUCGUCCUCACGCCCUCCGCCCUCCAGGUCCUUGUCGACAACCCCGCCCCGAGCUUCGACAAGGAGUGGGACAUUCCUGUCACCAUUCACUCCUUCCCUGUUGAGGAAGCGGACGGUUCGACUGCACAGCACCGCGUGGUCUUCAUUGACAAACCCAUCAAGAGGAAGCUCUGGACGCCGCUUGAGAAGAAGGUUCUAUUCUACAAAAAGUCGGCCCUAGCAGCCCUCACUUCCUAUAGAAGUGGCGAAAUAUUCAGAAUGAUGGCCCCGUCUGUGUUCCACCACUACGGCAGCACCUAUAAUGACUAUCGGGCUUGUGAGUUCUCCUACGAGCCGUCCUUAGCCUCCGGUGCUGUGGACGCACGCGCUGCGUCUCCGGCCAGAGAUACGAGGGAACCUGAAGCCUUCCCUGAUAACCCUUUUGGUCCCGUGUCUGAGGAGGAGGAAGUUGAUGUCUUCAGUGAAAGGUCAAGCUUCUACUCCCCGAGAUCAACGGGUAGCAAUGCGUCACCUCACCCUGAGAGAGGCAUUAAGAGGAAACAGCCCGAGUCUCUUGAAAAAGUUAUACAACCUAAUUCCAGCAGUCCGAGAAAAGUUAUAAAACCUAAUUCCAGCAGUCGUCGUGAGGAUUCCUCUUGCAGCCAAGAAGAAAAGGUAAACUCGAGCAAUGCUUCUGAUGAUCCGGAUAAUUACCUGGGUUCUAAUUCUCCUAAAGCCGGCGUUAAGGUCAAUCCCGAAGUGAAUACGAAAAUAAUGUGGAAAAACCGACGUGUUGGGGACCCUCAGACGAGAGACGUUCGCGACAACAAGACGCCGUGGCACGACCGCCUGCGCACCGACUGGAGUAAACAUAAACAGAUCCGGACGCCGCCACCGAGCACCACCACCAACUAUCACUACCACCUCUACAAGCUGGCGUGUGGUGCGCCCCCCGUCCCUGGCCGCGCUAGCCCCGCCCCCCUCACCGUACUCGUCAGGAACCACCUACAUGGCAUCUCCAUGGAGAGAAAUAAAGCCAAUAACACGUUCAAGUCGUCGUCGUAUGUGGUGUUCCCCAAGCUCGAGCAUCAGGUGUUCUUCGGGUGCGAGGUGAACUCCCACACAGAGAUCGUCCACCAAUGGGCGCAGCUUCUCUGCAGGCCCAACUCGCAGCUUCUCCAAGUUCGCGCGUGCAGCAAGAGCGGGGAGGUGGUGCUGGCAGAGGAGCGCGAUCUGUCGGAGGUGGUGCGUGAGGGCGCUCUGCCCUACAUCAGGUUCCAGCCCGCGCCGCUGCUCACGAGUCUCUACGUGACCCUGGACACCCUGCGCCGUAAGCCUCCAGGCUCGUACCUCCUGCAUCACCACAACAGGAGCGAGGCCUUCAUCCGCCUCAUGAGGAUGGCCAACGACGACUGCCUCUCUACCGGCCACGUUUCGGUGUUCGACCUGCACGCGUCGUACGGAUACAGCGGCCGUGGGGCGGCCACGGGGGCAGCAGUGGAGGGAGACGGGCCUGAGGCGGGCCAGCUGGUGCUGGACAGCAGGCAGUUCGUGAACCCACCGUGGCUUGCCAUCGACACCCUUGUGCCCACGCCAUUCCAUCUCAAGCAUCUCAAAAUUCCUGGCACUUUCCCCAUGGAUAACCCAAAAAAGAAGAUUACUAAGAAGAGGAAAAGGUUAAUCAAAAUGAAGGCUAAAGAUAAGAAAGGCUUGUUUGACUCUCCUGAGAAACCUUCAUCGUCGAAGAACAAUGAAAGCUCUGAAGACGACUCAUUCUAAUAUCUAAAUUUAUGCAACGGCAUAUACUGUGAUACUAUUACUCCGUAUGCAACAUCUGCGAUGUUAGUUACUUAAGUUUUUAUUUUUUUUAUGCAUGCGGUAAAAUGAAUUUUUGUUCAUUUUCAUGGCAGAUCUCAACAUUAUACAGUAUGUAUAGUUCGUAGGAAUUUUUCCAUUCUUGAAAACGAUCAUGGUUUAAUUACAGUUUGUACAUGUUUUUUUUUUUCUGUGGUUAUUAGAAGAUAUAUUUGGCAUUCUAUUUCUAACUGAUCUCUUGAGACUGAAUGGGUGCAUCUAGUAUGUUUUGAAAGGAGAUAGGAAGUUUCCAGCUCUAUUUGAGAAUGAAAAUCAAUCGCAACUGUGAUGAAUCCUGAGCCAAAAUCUGACUUCGGAACUUUAUUAAACUUGUUUCGUGGAGAUCAAAAGAAAUUUGCCGGCCUAUGUUUCAUUAGUGUUACUUCUUUGAAAAGGAAAUGUCGUCGGCCUUCAAUGCCAGUCGUAAUUCACGGUUGUAUCUUGUGUUUUGGGAGAAACGCGGCUUCGUAAUAAGUUCAUUUUGAAAUUUCGUUAAGCUCAAUUGCCCGAUAAACACUGACAAUUUCGAUAGAUUAAUUUCAUUGUAAAGCCCUAAACUAAUGCAAUGAUGCUGCAUAUAAAUGGGAUUUGAAGUAGGCUUUGCGUAUGUUGCACAGCAUCGGAAAUUAUUUGAAACCCCUGCAGACUUGCGAAGUUUGUGGCGAAAAUUCUUCUCUCAAUUUUUUUAUUAUUGCCUA